AUGGUGAAGGAUUCGAAACUCUACGAUAUUUUGGGGGUCCCCCCUACUGCUACUGAGGCCCAGCUGAAAACUGCAUACAAGAAGGGUGCCUUGAAAUAUCAUCCUGACAAGAAUGCAUCAAAUCCCGAGGCCGCCGACAAAUUCAAAGAACUUUCCCACGCAUAUGAGAUUCUCUCCGACUCUCAAAAACGUCAAAUCUACGACCAAUAUGGUGAAGAAGGCUUGGAAGGCGGUGCCGGUGGUGCCGGAAUGAACGCCGAGGACCUCUUUGCUCAAUUCUUCGGCGGCGGCGGUGCUUUCGGCGGCAUGUUUGGCGGUGGCAUGCGCGAUAACGGCCCAAAGAAGGCACGGACAAUCAACCAUGUUCACAAGGUCAGUUUGGAGGAUAUCUAUCGAGGAAAAGUUUCCAAGCUCGCUUUACAAAAAUCUGUUAUUUGCCCUGGUUGUGAUGGCCGUGGUGGAAAGGAAGGCGCUGUUCGUCAAUGUACCGGCUGUAACGGUUCUGGUAUGAAGACUAUGAUGCGUCAGAUGGGUCCCAUGAUCCAGCGAUUCCAGACUGUCUGCCCCGACUGCCAGGGUGAGGGAGAGAUUCUUCGCGAAAAGGAUCGCUGCAAGAAGUGUAACGGAAAGAAGACUAUUGUUGAACGCAAGGUGCUUCAUGUGCAUGUCGACAAGGGCGUAAAGAACGGCCACAAGAUCGAAUUCCGUGGUGAAGGUGACCAGAUGCCGAAUGUUUUGCCUGGUGAUGUUGUUUUCGAGAUUGAGCAGAAGCCUCACCCUCGAUUCCAACGUAGGGAUGACGACCUCUUUUACCACGCCGAGAUUGAUCUUCUCACUGCUUUGGCGGGUGGUACUAUCCACAUUGAGCAUUUGGAUGAUAGAUGGCUUUCUGUUAACAUUGCACCUGGCGAGCCCAUCACACCUGGUGCCAUCAAAGUCAUCAAGGGCCAGGGUAUGCCUUCGUUCCGUCACCACGACUUUGGUAACUUGUACAUCCAAUUCGACGUCAAGUUCCCCCAGGGCUCCGAGUUACAGAACCUCCAACUCCUCGAACAAGUCCUACCUCCACGACCACAACAGGCACAGCCUCCAGCAGACUCCAUGGUUGAGGACUUUGGUCUAGAGGACGUUGAUCCUAGCCAGAGCGCACGGGCACAUGGAGCUGCUUAUGAUGAAGAAGAUGAAGAAGGUGUACCUCCCGGAGCUGAGCGUGUACAAUGUGCCUCUCAGUAA